GGCGUUUUGGGUUCUUCUUUUUUAAAAGUUGAAUUGAAUCCAAUAUCCUUUUCCCCAAAACCCACCCAAAAAAUCAAAAAAAACGAAAGGAAGAUUUUUGUUUUUUUUUUGGAAUAAUAAAACUUCCGACUGAUAUUCAAUUUUUUGAGAUAUAAUAUCGUUGAUAUAUCUUGUAAUUGACAUAAUUGUAGGGUAUAAAUAGGGGAGAGAUAGUGUUGAUUCUGUUGAAGGAGGAGAAUGGUGGCGAAAUAGAUCUGAUUUUCGAGAAAGGUCCCCUGAAAUUAUUAGCUUCUUACAGCAAAAUACAAUUUUGGUCAGAUACUGAUAUAGUAAUUAAGGGAUGGCAGAUGGAAUAUCAAGCUUCUGGGGUCCUGUCACAUCUACUCACGAGUGGUGUGAGCCAAAUUAUCUCUACUCCUCCUAUAUUGCAGAAUUUUUCAACACUCUCUCUAAUUUACCAGCCAUUCUUUUGGCAUUGGUUGGUCUUGUGAUUGCCUUGAGCCAGCGGUUUGAGAAAAGGUUUGGUGUUCUUCACAUAUCAAAUAUGAUACUUGCCAUUGGGAGCGCACUCUAUCAUGCAACAUUGCAGCGCAUGCAACAACAAGGUGAUGAAACGCCUAUGGUAUGGGAAAUGCUUCUAUACCUUUACAUCCUUUACUCUCCGGAUUGGCAUUAUCGUAGUACAAUGCCCAUUUUCUUGUUCCUCUAUGCCAUAGUGUUUGCCUUUGCACAUGCGUAUGUCCGUUUUGGCGUUGGGUUUUGGUUGCAUUAUGCACUACUAUGCCUUCUGUGCAUCCCUCGGAUGUACAAGUAUUACAUUUACACAGAAGACAAACUGGCAAAGCGGCUAGCAAAGCUAUAUUUAAUCACCCUAAUAGUUGGGAGUGUCUGCUGGCUCUUUGAUCGACUAUUGUGCAAGGGCAUUUCACGCUGGUACUUCAAUCCACAGGGUCAUGCUUUGUGGCACGUCUUCAUGGGUUUCAAUUCCUACUUUGCAAAUGAAUUUCUGAUGUACUGCCGUGCUCAGCAAAGAGGGUGGGAUCCAAAGGUCAAGUAUUGGGGAAUCCUCCCAUUUGUGAAGAUUCAAAAGCCGAAGGAACAGUAGAUGUUCAGCUGGAUAGGAAACAACAACCCCUCUUACAAAGACAAUAGACGGGCAAUGACUUUGCAGAAGCGCGCAAAGAAAAGUGGUUGUGAUUCUUUUUUCUUUGUUUUCUUUUUUUUUUUUCCUUCCAGCCAAGACAUUUUCAAGAACGCGAUGUAAAUGACUGCUCGAAAUUGUUUUGUUUGUCCGGACGGUGGCUCAAUUUUGACUGUAAAAUUAGUAGUUCCCCAGUGUACUAUAUUUAUGUACUUUUCGCUGGAUACAACAGCAGACCGGUUAGCUUGAUACAACACCAGACCGGUUAGCUUCUUAGUGUUUUCUGCUUCUCCCUUUUCAUGUGGUCUCUAGAAAGCUUUUUCUCUGAAAUUUUGACAUGAUUUUCACUCUUUGUUCCUUCAUUUGUAUGUUUAAUUCUUCGACCUGAAGUAUCAAUACACGUCAUAUGUUUUACUAA